AAGAAGUCCAUUGUAUAAUAAGUAUUAUCAUACUUUUAUAUAAUAUUGUAAUGUUUUUAUUUGGAUGUAUUUACAUUUUUUAAUUAUGCCGAAAAAUCAACAAACCCAACAAAUAUUAAAUGAUACAAGGGAUGAUUCGUCUUCAUCUCGAGUUGUCAUGCUGUUUGGAUCAGAUGAGGAAUGUGACUUAACAUCAGAUGACUUAACGUCUGGCGAUGAAGACGCAUCGUCAGGAAAUCAAUUAACUGGGAUUCGACGAUUCCCUGUACCAGAUUCCCGAAAACCAUGUACUGUAACCAAUUCUCGGGAACGCUGGCGCCAGCACAACGUUACCGGUGCUUUUGCCGAACUUCGUAAAUUGGUACCCACUCACCCACACGAUAAGAAAUUAUCGAAGAAUGAAAUUUUAAGAAUGGCUAUCAAGUACAUUCGUCUUUUAAGUGGUGUCCUUGAAUGGCAAGAGAAUCAACAAGAUUUCAGCAAUAAUAAUGAAGAUUGUAUGGACAAUAAUGUGUAUUUAUAAUUAUAGUAGGUAUCGCAAAAUAAAAUGUUAUAUUAUUACAUACUUGACGAUAUAAUAUGACGGUAAAAACUAACAACGUUUUUAAUUAACGUACGUUGAUUAGAAAUAUGUAUUUCUUCAUUAGUAGUUAGUAUAGGUAUAUACAUAUUAUAUUUAUAAACUAAAUAGUAUUUAGUAUUCACCUACAUAAAUAUAUAUGAACAAAUGUUAGAUAUGGAUAGGUAUCGAUAUACAGAAUGUUGGUUAGAGAAAUUACCAAUUGUUAAUUUGUAUUAAAUGUGUAUAUAUAUAUAAGUAUUAAAAUAUAGUAUAGAUAAUCCAGUUAUAAUAACGUAUACCUUACCAAUUAUUUUAAAUAUUAUAACAACCAAAAGAUUUUAAGUAAAUAUCUCAUAUCUAUACUAAAUAUAUAUUUAUGAGUGAUUAUAUAUCUAUAACAAUUAUACCAUCUUUCCUUAAACUUACCUGUAUGGCUGUAUACAUAAAUAGUACCUAAUGAUAUACGUACAUAGUAUAUACAUAUAGUAUAAGAUACGCCAUCAAAUAUUUAUAAAUAUAAUAUAUAUUAUAUACCUACACAGACGUAG